AGUACCUAAAUAUCACCUAAAACUAAAGGACCACUUGCCCCUACCUAUAAAACUACAUUACAUAUUAUUUAAAUUCACUCAACUAAUGAUAAUAGAAUUUGUCUUACAACAUGGGGUUAUGUUCGCUUAUACAUAUGAAUAUCUCAUUUUUCGAAGCCCUCACUCUUUAAAGCUAUGGGCAACAUUGCACCCCAGGUAAAAUGGUGUAUCUCCAUAUUAAUGGCCAAGAAGUGGGAAGUUAUGUAUUGGACCAACUUGACAUGACUAAAUAAGGUAACAUUUCAUAUAUUUGAAAUUGACAAAUCAUGAAUGAUCCUACCUCCAAAGUACAAACUGGGGAUAGUUCGACAUUUAGACACUUUCAAAACUUAUUUUGGCAUUUAGUCACAAGUCUUGAAAAAUUAGGUGUUUAGACACAUUUAUGACAUCAUUCAUUCUUUCAUCCAAACCUACCACACAAGUUUUAAACUUUACACUUUAAUCCCCUGCCUCAUCCAUUUAAUAUUUAAUAUUUCAGACCUUUUUAUAUAUUUUCACCAUUUUUUCAUAUUUCCUAUUUUAAUUUAGAAAAUUAUCCAAGAAGCCACCAAUAGGAGCUCCCUUUUUCACCAAUAAUUUUCGAUUCCGGCCACUUUUUUCGGCUACUUUUCCGACAAAAAAUUGUUUAUCACAACUGAAAAUCUCCAUUCUUCAUCAUUGCCUCCAUUGUUGUUCCAUCCUUUUUGAAAAAAAAAAUUCCAAUUUUUUUCACCAUUUCUACUAGCUCGAAAAGCUUUCCAAAUCUGCUCAAUACCUCGUCAUUAGAUAUAUUUCAGUAGUUCAGAAGUCCUACACAUACAUUUUUCCAUCCCAGAGCUAGGAGGGCAACAAUUAUAUCGAAAAUCAGUCAAUUCGCAUCUUUGUACGGACGUAUUCAUACCAGUGAUCGACUAGUCAUCGACCAUCUAUAGCCCUAAACAUUGAUCUAUUAUCAAUUUGUGUGGUCUAUUAUGACAAUAGCUGAGGUAGUUGCCGUGGAUGGUAUUUAUAUAGGUGCGUGGGAGGAGGGUCCCAACAGUUGGAGGUGGAAAUCAUCUACAAAGAAGACAGUGCCCAUCUCGCUGCGUCGCAAUGGAUUGUAUGACGACAUGGUUCAAAGCGUAAUUGAGAGUGGAGAAUUAGAAUGCGAGCCAAAGAACAUUGAUAUUAGCUAUGUAAUGAAUGGGCGGGGUAAAAUACAUCUCACGUUCAUAAAUAAUGAUCGACAUGUGUCGUUAUACAUGUUGGAUGUCGUUGCCGAUGGUUCUAGGUCAUUAUUGAGAAUAAAUAUCGUUUCGGAGUCUCCCACAAUCCAGCCACCAUAGCCGAUAAUCGACGAAGAUGAUUCAUUUGAAGAUGAGAGUUUGGAUGUUAAUCCAAUGGAUUCGGAAGAUGAUUCAAUGGAAUUGAAAGAUCCAAUUUUCUCUGAAGAAGGGGGAGAAGAGUGCGAAUUGGGAGCACAAACCAACCACACCUUCUCCGACGGAACUACUUUUCAGGUAAAUCAAACAUUUAGCAGUAAAAAGGAGCUGAAAUUGUUGUUGGACGUAGCAGCUGUGAGAAAUUCUUUUGAUUAUGCUACGUUGUAGAGCUGCAGCAAAUUCCUCAAGGUAAAAUGUCUUUGUCCUAGCUGCGGGUGGAUGUUACGGGCGAAGAAGUAUGAAUGCACAGACAGAUUCGUCAUCUAUAAAUACAUCAUCGAUCAUAGUUGCGACGUCGAAUAUGCCAUCCACUGCCAAAGAAAAAUCUCGUCUAAAGUCAUUACAUCUCUGUGUGUGAACAUGUAUCGUGAAGGAAAGGGUCCAGACACAACGAGAUUCGGAGGAUCGUUUCCAAGAACUUGAAAAGUAGACCAAGUUAUUGGAAAUGUUGGCUGGGGGGGGGUGAUUGCCAAGAAAAUGGUUCGAGGGACAGCGGACCACGGGUAUUCCUGCCUGCCCAUUUUUUCGAACAUGAUCGACGUUCUUAAUAUCGGCACUACCUAUUCCAUCAUGGUGAACAAGGUCGAUUGUAGGUUUACGUAUUACUUUUUAUCAUUGGGUCCUUGCAUUAAGGGAUUCGCCCACAUGAGGAAGAUUAUUGCAGUCGAAGACACUCAUUUAUACAGCAAGUACGAGGGCGUGUAGCUAAGCGCGGUUGCACAAGAUACGGAGAACCAUAUUUAUCCCAUUGCCUUUUGCAUCGUUGACAAGGAAAAUAAUGCAUCUUGCACGUUCUUCUUUGAGAAAAUGAAGUCUAUUGUGGUCGAUGGACCAGAUUUGUGCUUUAUCUCCGAUAGGCACAAGAGCAUCGCCAAUGGCAUCGCGAAGGCAUACAACCAUGCUCAUCACGAGUACUGCAUGAGGCACCUAGGUAAAAAUCUUCGAGUAAAUCACCACUGUGGAGAACACCUCUAUCUAUUCUACAAUGCGGCAAAGGCAUAUUCUCUCGAGAAGUUUAGCUACCAUUUUGUGGAAUUCAAGAACUACUGUCCCGAGAAAGCCUUUUUCCUCGAGCAUGAUCUUAGUUUUGAGAAAUGGAGCAGGGCAUAUUUCCGUGGCAACAGGUUUAAUGUGAUGACCACAAAUAUUGCUGAGUCGGUGAAUGCUAUAUUGAUUGUCGAAAGGGAGUACUUCGUGGCAUCCAUAUUUAAUUCGAUUGCCAAGAGGUUUGUCGAAAUAUUCAGGGAGAGGCGUGCCUACAUCCUUAAAUGUAAGGAUAACAAAUUUGUUCCCGCCGCCAAAAAGAUCUUAACAAAUAAUGUGAGUGAGGGCGACUCCUUCUAUGUGAAGAAUAUAAGCGGGGAUGAAAGGCAAUACACUGUGUUCGGAAGUGGCUGUACGGCCAAAGUUGACCUACUGGAAAGGUCGUGUUCUUGCAGGAAGUUUGACCUGGUCAAAAUAUCAUGCGAUCACGCGAUGGCCGCUUUGAGAUCAAAGCACGGUGAAGAUUAUGGUUUGAGAUUCUAUGAUUACUCUUCGCCCCUGUAUAAAGUGGAAGAGUACCUCCUUGAGUAUUUGGAAUCAAUUAAUGUUGUCCCUUUGGAGUCUAAAUGACGCAUGCCACAAGAAUUGCUAGAUAUGAACAUUAUUCCACCUCUCAUGGUCACCAAGCUCGGAAGGAAGAAAAGAAAAUGCGUUAAGGGCGUGGGCGAGACUUUCAAGUCAAAGAGGAGGAACAAGUGUUCACUGUGCAAGAGACCCGGACACAAAAGAACCACUUGUAACAACAACAAAUCAUAGUUAGUCUUAUAUGAAUUUGUGUUUUUUUAAGUCAUGGAAGUGUAUGUAUUUUGACAAACCUUUAGUUGUCUGAUUAAUGCUAGAUUUAUUGACUUAACUCUUUGUCUAUUAUCGACCUUUUUAAAGUAUUGCAUAUAUUGUGUGUCUGGUCAAUUUCUUUUAUUCUUUAUUUAAUAAAUGGUAUAUUAUCGAUCUAAGUUACAGUCUAUUAAAAAUCCUAAA